GGGAGGGCGCUGAGGGGGGAAUCUCCCGAAUCCCGAAGGGGCCGGGGACCAGUGUCCGGCUUCACGCGGUUCUGCCUUCCUCCGUUGCCUGCCAGCCAGCCACGCCCUGUUUGCUCGGGCCCCGGCGCUUCGCCUGCCAGCCGUCGGGACGGCAGAGAGCCGCGCCCGGCAGCCCUUUCCUCUGCGGUUUCGCUGAGCCGACGGGGAAAGCAGCUUCCUUCCUUUUGGUUAGGGGCGCCUGACAGAGGCCGCGCAGAGCGUCUCGGCAACUUUUGACAGGAGUAGCUCCCGGGCCUCAAGAGAGGCAGGCAGGAGCGCCGCUUGCUUAGCGCCCCUCCCCCCCCCGGCCGUGGGCCAAGGAAGCUUCCCUCCCGCCUUUCCCCAGAGACAGCAGCGCCUGCCUUCGGGGUGGAACGAGGAGGGAAAACAUUUUUUCUCAGGAGCGGCCUCCAAGGCUCAGCGGCGAGAGGGAUGUAGCUCUGCAGGGUAGUUUCGAGGGGCUCCGCGCUCGUUCUUGUGGAAGGCUAAACCUUAGGGUCGGUUGCUGUGGUAGAGGCCAAAAGGAGGCCUUUAGGUCGCUUCGAGGUUUGAGCGAGGCUUCGGAUGCCUCUGAAGGGUGAGGCUUUAGCUUAACUAAAAAGCACAUGAACUGUAGUACAGGGUGAAAGUGGCCAGAACAGCUGAACUACUGUUGCCAUGGACUCACUAGUGAACAUGUAUCAAGACUUCAUAAAGAAAGCAGACCCACGGAUUUCUUCGUAUCCACUUAUGGGCUCACCUUGGCCUAUGACGGGCAUCUUGCUGAGUUAUAUCUACUUUGUACUAUCACUGGGGCCACGCAUCAUGGCCAACCGGAAACCUCUGAACCUCAGGAAGUUCAUGAUUGUCUAUAACUCCUCCAUGGUAGCACUGUCGCUCUACAUAGUCUAUGAGUUCCUUAUGUCAGGCUGGUUGACUGGUUACACUUGGAGGUGUGACCCUGUGGACCAAUCCCAGAAUCCCAUGGCCCUUCGGAUGGUCCAUGUAGCCUGGGUCUUCGUCUUCUCCAAGUACAUUGAACUGCUUGACACAGUGAUCUUCAUCCUAAGAAAGAAGAAUGAACAGGUGACCUUCCUGCAUGUGUUCCACCAUUCAGUGCUUCCCUGGAGCUGGUGGUGGGGUGCCAAAUUUGGCCCAGGAGGAAUGGGCUCAUUUCAUGCUUUAGUGAACUCGAUAGUACAUGUGGUGAUGUACUUUUACUAUGCGCUGUCAGCUGCAGGGCCUGCCUAUCAAAAGUACCUGUGGUGGAAGAAGCACAUCACUGCCAUUCAGCUGUUGCAGUUUGUGCUCGUCUCCAUCCACAUCUCCCAGUACUACUUCAUGCCCAGCUGUGACUACCAGUACCCAAUCUUCAUCCACCUCAUCUGGAUUUACGGAGUUAUCUUCUUCCUCCUCUUCUCCAACUUCUGGUACCAUUCGUACACCAGAGGCAAGCGUCUGCCCAAGGUCAUGAUGCAACCUCAGCAGAAUGGCUUCCAUGAGAACGGUGCCAUUUCUAAUGGCAAAGCCAAAGCCAACUAGGAGGUGGGUGGGAUCAAGGUGUCUCGGACCAACCAAACCCAUGUCUGGGCCCAUUAGCAAGACCAAGUGCCUAAAGACUGUUGUCUUGCAGUUCCAAGCCACCUUCCCAACUGCUCUGUAUCCCUCAUACCUGGCCUUCAGCUGUCCCAGGGGAGAGAGGCUGCUUGGGCUGUUGGUGCUGGUUUUAGCCUAAGGUCUUCAAAGUGCCUGUGUCUGCCCUGGGCUGGGCUCCCUCCAGAGAGCUGGACCAAAGCAGAACUCUGCCAGAUGGGACACAUCUUUCCAUUUAGUUCUAUGUACUCCAUGUGAUCCAGGUGGGAAUUUUGUUCCUCUGCUUUCCCUAAGUUUGUGUUGCCCAUUGUUCAUUCUCUUUACCCCAUUGGAGCCCUGCCAUUCAUACUUGAAUGUGAGUGGUCCCUUGUUGCUGUGGGUCUGACUCCCCUAGAGAGAUCUAUUCCUGCUCUGUAUGCAGGUGGGGUGCUAUAGGCCAAGGGCUUCAUUCUUGCUGCCUUGACUGGCCUCAGUGUUCAUCCCUCCACAUAACUCCCCAGUUUUUGGUUGCUCUGACCCCACAACCUUAGCAAUAACUCUGGGCUCUUGCUCCCCAUGGGUUGAUGACCACAGAUACUUUUGCUGCACUGAAGCCCAGGGAGAAGGACCUUUUUCCAGCUUGCAUGCUGUUGCUCUGUGUGCCUUUUUAUUAUUAUAUUAUUAUUAUUGUUAUUACUGGAUCUGCUCCAAGGAGCAGAGGCUCCCUGUAUUCUAAGCCUUGGGGGGAGGACUCAGGAGAGGUGCAUCCCUUCUACCUGAGUUUCUCACUUGUAUUCACAGAAAUAAAUGGACAGAAAGAGAGUAGUGAUUCUUGUUCUUGAUUUCAAGGCUUUGGACCCAUGACUGGUCAGGCUUGGGUGAGAAGAACAAACAUUUCCAUGGGCCAUAUUGACUAUAAAACAGAUUUUGACAUUCAGUUCCAAUGAGGUGCUCCCCUUCAGUAACCUGGUGCCUUAGUUGGGGUUAGUUUAAGGAGUGGGGAUAACUGAAAAAUUCAGAUAAAAAACCUAUGAAGUAUUGUAGUGGCCACAUUCUGGCUUGCCCAGUGUAGUGUCUGCCUCAGAUGACUUCUGCUAAAGAACCACGACUUGAGCAAAGCUAUCUUUGCUCAAAGGUUUUGUGCAUUUGUUUCCUAGGCUCCUGUCUUUUCUCCCUGCCAAGCUGAAUGCUUAUUCUCCUUUCCUUACAUGGAAAGUUUUAGGCCAGCUGCCUUUCUGUUUUUUACUGAUUUAUGUUCUUGCCCAAGCUCCAGCUGCUGUGAAAUAUCCUGUGUCUGAAGAAGCCCUAUUCCUUGGUGCUAUUUGCCUGCAGCCUGAAAAGCGGCGCUGCUGUUGCUACUGCGUGUCACACACAAAAUAGGCCUGUGUUAGAAUUGGCCAACAAUGACAGAUCUUGGAUCUGUGCAGUAUCCUAUAGAUAGAGUGCUAAAUGUGGCUACAAGUGUUGCUGGAUAGAAUAAUCCAAGGCAUGGCAGAAUGCAUAUUUUGUUGGCAUAAAACUUGCAGAGUGACUUGGUUACGUAGGUGUCUCUCUCUACCUCAGUGCUAGGGCUAGACUAACACAUAACCUGGAUUAUGUGCCAUAAGCAAUGCUAGAUGUACUACUACAGCUUUUACCACCAGCUAUUUUAGCCAGUUUUCAGAUAGGAUGAUCCUGUUUUAAAAACUUUUAAGCAAAGUUUAUUGUUAGAUUGAAUUACAAGGUUUUGUAACACUUAAAUCUCUCCACUGCUGAUCUCUUGCUGUGUCCUGCCUCCUCCCUCCAGUGCAUGUGUGAGAAAAUUUCAACUAAUGCUUAUGGCAGCAUUCUAAAUUUACACCACUGUUCUGCAUUAAUAUUAUGAUGCAAGGGAAUUUAGGGAUAUACUACUAAGCAAUAGUAAAAGAUGCUUAUUCUACUGUGCAUGCCUGUUCUUGCUGUUCUUUUGCUAUGGUUUAACACCUGGUUACUAAUAAUGCAGGAGUAAUGAAAUGAAGAUGAGACAGUGCACUCCAAAUGAGACUUUAACUGUAUGGCUUUCUAUUGGAACUGUUUGGCCUUGCCCAUUCUAUUCGCAAAUAUGGGAUGAUGAGCUCUGUGGUCUUAUGAUUAAGAACCAUAGUCUGUUCCCAUGUGCUCCCUAUUGAACAGUCUCAACAACAUUUACUGCUCAACAUAUGUAUCCUAUCUUGUCACAAGUGCUCACAGCACCUUAUUCAAAUUUGACUAGUGUAAACAUUUUGGAUAGCAUGUCUUCUUGUUAAUGAUCGUUAUGGGAGCUCCAUGCUUCUCUAGUUGUUUUAGAACAGCCAGUGCAAACGUCUUACAGACGUUUAAGAAAGCAUCCUCAGUUUUAACCGCAGCCCCAAUUUAGCCAGAUGAAUUUAACUGGAAGGCAGCAAUACAACUAAACCAACAAUUAUUUGAUGUUGCCUUUUAUCUAGAACACUUAAGUGCUACAAACCACAGCAGUCUGUAUGGCUUAGACUUUCUACCAAGCCAGAACUUUGAACACAAGUUCUGACUUAAGUCUGCCCAUCCAGGGCAUAACAGCAACAGUUGCUACUCCUUAACUAUUCCUUCAUUACAGGUAAUGAGUACAAAGAGCAUCUGUAAGCGUCAAUGUGGUUACAUUAGUCAAGAAUAUGCACGUCCUAGUUUUCAUAUAUCAGACACAGAAUUCUCUACAGAUCUGCCCCUCAAAUGUUCGUAAAACCAGCUUAUUUAACAGUUUAAAAACAACAACCAAACAAACCCUAGACAGUAUAGUUGGACAAGUAUGCCAAAUCACUAUAUAUGAACCAGAUUAAAGACUAUCAGAAAGUUAAGCAACCAGUUCUGGCCUUCCUAAACCAAGAGAUUGCUGCCUCUUCGUCUAUCCCAAGUUAGAUAAGGCCGCAGAAGCAAAUUCCCUGUUACUGAUGUUAGCUUCUCUUACCAUCUGAAGUUGUGACAGAGAGCCAUUCUGUGUUUCAUGGAAUUAUUGGCAAAAGGAACCUUUUGAGAUCUACAGAUUUCAAAUAUACCUCCUAAAAUACAACAGGAAGUGACAGGUUACAUUUAUUAAAAUAUGCUGUAAAGAGAGAUGCACAAAGACUUUAAAACUUCAUGGAUGCAUCUACUUCCUCAGUCUAUAGUUGGAUUUGGGGGGGGGGGAUUGUGAAGGGAAUGAGAGGCAGACAAACAUUCCUCACUGUCAGUGCCUGUCUCCACAGGUCAGCUCCUGGUAGUAAACUGCCUUCCACUCCAGCUUUUUCACUGUAAAAUACAGGCAUUAUUAGUUACCAUCAUCCCAGGCCCAGAAGCACAAUGUCCUUCCAAUAUCCAGUCCUAUAAAGUACAGCACAAAGUUAGCCCCUGUUGCCCGCCCUCCUUUCUGAUAUUGAUUCUAGCUAAGUGGCACAUGUUUCCUAUCUUCAGCUAUGUGCACAUAUCAAACAGUUUCUACUUCCUGCUACUCUGCUAUUAAAUAGUUUUAUUGAAUCCAAUAGGAUACGAUCACCAAGUAUUAUAUAGCACUAUGUAUUCUUUUCACCAUACACUGUUUAUCCUCAAAUCAUACAAAGUUUUAUUACACAGCAGCAAGGAUCCUUUUUUUAAUUGGUAAGAACAGUAUUUGAAUGGGAGAAAGAAUAUAUACUGCAAGCAUUUGAACAAUCUAGAAACCAGAUUAUCAGAGUAGCUUGAUCCAACUAUCCUGCCACAAUAAGGUCUUACAGCCCCCAUAAGUGCUUUUGUAGCCAUUUCUUAGCCCUAUAAGGAAUUAAUUAAACAGCCCUUGGUAGAAAGUACAUGUUGUAUCACUUUCAGUAGCCCAGCUACUGAUGGGCAUCUUAGCUACACCCACAAUGAUUAUUGCUCAUGACUAUUUCCAUAUACCUUGAUGCAGAGUACUACAUACCUUAUCAUUUGUUUACUUCAAAACAUUAAAAGUCAUUUCUCAACA